CGCUGAAAUUGUGACUGAAUUCGCGCUCUAUCUUUAGAACAGACCACGGAACCUCGUUUAUGUGACAACUCCGGGGCUCUUGUGAGCCACAAUGUGGUUUUGUUUUAAUUUCUUGCAGACAUCCAUGAGAGUUUGAAUAAGCAAUACGCCGAGAAAUGGAGGACGAGGACGAUACGCAGUUGAAGGAAGAUCCAAUCCUGCGCAAGAUAGCCCAGGGUAUCCAGAGUUAUGCGCGACUGGACGAGAUUCGAACUCUGAUCCACACCUAUGGUGUAGACCUCAAUGAGCCUCUUCUCUACGGACGUAGGGUACUCAUGUACGCAGUGUACCACAGGCACAUAGAUGCGAUGAAGCUUCUAUUGGUCAGAGGAGCCAAUCCAGACCUCAUGGACGACAAAGGUUAUUCCUGCAUGCACCUGGCAGCAGAAAUAGGCUUCUGUAAUGUGAUCAGGACUUUACUGGACUAUAAUGCGAGAGUGGAUUUUUCCAAAGUUCUACCAGGAGACAUAGGCUAUUCUUACCCACAGAGAGCCAGUCCAGCGGAAGAGCCCUUGCAUCUUGCUUUGAAGAACGGCCAUUACGUAGCCGCGGAACUUCUGCUGAAAAACGGGGCCAAUCCGAACACAGAGUAUCCAUGCGGAUUCGAAAUCAACUUCCUCGACCCUAUGGACACAAAAGGAAUAGAGCUCCUGUUGAGGUAUGGAGCGAAACCUGACGCAAGAAAUGCGCAAGGAAUAACACUUCUUAUGAAGGCAUGCCGCAGCCCCGAGGGCUUAAAAACAGCGGAACUGUUGAUAGCUUAUGGGGCGGAAGUGAAUGCCACAACGGAAGAAGAGCAACGCACAGCCCUGCACUGUGCUGUGCUCAGCGGCAACUUGGAGAUAGUCCACUUACUAAUCUCGAAUGGGGCCAGAGUAAAACUCCCGCCGGACUACAUUAAACCUCCGCCAUUUUUCUUCGCCAUGUUGAAAAGUGAUUUUCCAAUGAUGAAAUACCUGCUCGGACUCGGAGCGGACAUCAACCACGGUUCUUCUGUGGUAGGGUCUGCAUUGCACGUGGCCGUCACAGAACUAGUGGCUACAAAGUACGAUGUCGUCAAAUUUCUCCUGGAAAACGGCGCCAACCCAAACGCCAUACUGACUUCAGGCAGCAGAACGAUUCUGAAACCUCCACUGGGGGAAUACUUCACCAGCUGUUCUAAUCCAGACAUCCGCAUUGUGCGUGAAAUGCUCAAAUAUGGCGCCAAAAUAGUUCUACUCGGACAACGCCAACACGAACUUGGAAUUCUUCAGUCUCUGCACCAUAUAGACGCCAGGAACAGUGGGGAGGUUCUGGAAUUGGUCGCUGAGGCGGCAGAGGCCUUUUGCACCAGCCUCAUCGACAAUUCCGUUCUGAUGAGCCCCAGGCAUAAGUUGGUGUUGCUGAGGAAAGCCUUGGAACCUUUCACGCUGAAGCAUUCCUCGAGAAUUUGUAUACGGAAUGUACUUGGUUGGGGACCGCAGUUUGUGGAUGCAGUGCAUAGUUUGCCGAUUCCCCGGUGUUUAAAGCAUUACUUGUUAUUCGAGGAUUAAGUUUUCUUAAGUCUUGUAUAUUUAUUUUUAAUAAAAAGAAAUCCUAGAA